CUGGCGUAAUGCGGUGCUACAUUUAGAACUAGACCUGGAUUCUUGCAGUGUUUGGUCACAGCUGGUUUACCAGUGUACGUCAUCUACACUUUGGAGCUCAACACCACAAUUCCCACAGACGGUUUACCCACUGUAUAGGCCUUUGUUACAAGAACGUCCAUCUCAGAUGGGGAAGCUUGCCAUGAAGAACCCUCGGCUAUUCGACAGCAUCCAAGCAGACAGAGAAGGAAAACAUGUCACAGGAUUCAAAUGAUAACAUCACUCUGUCAACAAGUACGUGUGAACGGUGCUCAUCUCUUAAAGUCGAAUAUAAACAAUACAGCUCUGAUCCAAAAAGUUCUAUCAGUCACCCAGAGGGAAGCAUUGUCACUGGUCCACACAGCUUUUUCGUUCACGCAGACAGAAGCAUCAUCACUGGUCCAGGAAAGAAUAAGGAGGUCAAGAAGAGGAAGAAGAAGAUCCUCCAUGACAUAGAGAAGAACGUGUCAGCUCUCAGGAACACGCACGGGGGACAACUGCUGGUUCACCUACACGGACAGAAGGAGGGAGACAGGUAUCUUGAGUACUUCCAUGAAUUUGUGGACAAAACUCUACAGGACCUGAUUGAGUGUGGAUCAUCUUAUGUGGAUAAUUAUCGCACGACAUGGUUGCAUGAGACACCAGGCUUUGAAAACUAUGAAGAUGUUUUAUUGAUAGAUGUAGCUCGCACAUGUGGAAUUUCAACGGCAAGUGUAAGCACCAAGAUAAGCAAUGACUGUGAGAACACAAAUCCAACAACGUUGAAUUUAGUUUCCUUACUCGCACAUUCUCGACACGAGGCAUCACGUGGUGCACCUGAUUUAAAGGGAAUUGAUCAAGACAGGCUGCAGCUGUACCAAGAAUCUCAGAAGAUUGAACUGAAACAAUUCCGUCCAAAGACUGCCAUCGCUCAUGUGCAGUAUAUUUGGGAAGAUCUUAAACUCAAGGACAAUAUAACGUCCAUGUCUAAAGUUUCUGGUGGAGGGUCAUAUUAUUUGGGAGUAGCGGAAAGAGAGGUCACGGAGAAUGGUUACAAGACUAAAGUACCCAAUUUUGUCGGUUUUCAGGUAAAUAAUCCAGAAGAACUUAAGGAAGCUCUUUUCAGGAAGGUAGAGGAGGAACUUUGUGUGUUAUAUUUUACUGGUGAAUUUGGUGACCCACCGUCUGAUCUCGUCAAGAUAGGAAUCCAUAGACUUCCUGACGAAGGGAACAAGUGUGUACUGGAAGUAGCAGUGAGAUUCUUUGGAGGAAUUGUCUUCUAUGACAAACAGGGGCCAAGAACUUAUGAAAUACAGAAUUAUGAUAUAUGCAGAAUGGAAAGGACUGAGUGGCUACGAAGAAUCCGGCAGCUCCCUUCAUGGAAAGGGAUACAAACAAUGAGGUAGAGACUGAGAGCGAACACAAUCUAAACACACAGAUAAAAGACGUGCAGUAAAUACACUGACUGUUUUCUUAUUAAAUGCAAGCCUUUAGAGACUGAGAGCGAACACACUUUAACGUCAUAGAGAGAUUUCUAGAUAAAAGAUGUGAAGUGAAGACCACCAAGUUGUGUCCUUAUUCUAUGCAAGGUAUGAUGAGGACCUCACAAACAAUACUAUUUAGUUAUGCAUUGCUGUCAGUACACGAUGGUUGACUUAAUACAUGAAUGUCAAUUCCAUGAGAAUUCAUGAAUACCAAGACAAUUCAACACUCUUGUGUCACUGGGAAAGUAUUCCAUGAUAGGAAUCAAAGAGCGCUAUCCCACAGAAGUCAGCAUGUUGUCCACCGAGAGUGAACACUCGGAUUUGUCCAGCACCUACAGCUCUGACGGGGAGGUCCAACACUCCAUCACCAGACGAAGGCUGACAACAGGGCUCAAGUAUCUGGACAUUAAUGAAGCCAGCAUGUCGCCCAGGGAGGUGCAGCACUCCACAACCAGGCCACAGGGGGCAGCAGGGGUAAAUUAUCUGGACUUUGAUGAAAGUGACGACUCGGAUUUGUCCAGCACCUACAGCUCUGACAUGGAGGUGCAGCACUCCAUCACCAGACCAAGGCCGAUAGCAGGGGUCAAGCCUCUGGCCAUUGAUGAUUGGGAGAGAUCAUUUGUGAAGACAGCUGCCUACCAGGAAGUCCGAGACCAGCUACAACAACACAACCUGGUGAUGCUGACUGGUGGUCCUGGGGAAGGUAAGACCACAAUAGGACACAUGCUGUGUUAUGACUACCAGCAACAAGGAUACAUCACAUUCUUCUCCAGCAGAUGGGAGGACUUGAAAAGGGAUGCAUUCGAGGCAACUAAACCUACACUGGUGGUGGUUGAUGAGAUGGGAGAUGAGAUACACAAGGAAGAGAUUGAUGACAUGGGAGAUGAGAUACACAAGGAAGAGAUUGAUGACAUGGGAGAUGAGAUACACAAGGAAGAGAUUGAUGACAUGGGAGAUGAGAUACACAAGGAAGAGAUUGAUGACAUGGGAGAUGAGAUACACAAGGAAGAGAUUGAUGACAUGGGAGAUACCUCGGGAUGUUUAAACUUGGUCGAUGGGAUACGCAACAAAAUUAAUACCAACAAGCUUGUUCGUGUUGUUAUUAUAUACCCGACCUGCAAACGAGACGCCUUCAAUCCAAAGAUGGACAUAACACAGAUAGGAAGACAGAACUGGGACAGAACAAAGCAGGAAUAUUCCCAGAUGCUGCAGAUGCAGAGAGGCAUUCCAUCAGACACACGGGAGGAGAUCAUAGCUAACCUUCCUUCAUAUGUCGGUUUCCCCAAGGUCAUGAAACACUUCUGUCAAGACAGAUCUACCAUAGAUCCCAUAACAUUUUUCACAUAUCCUCACUCACAUUUCAGAAAAGAAAUAGAAAGAUUACUUACAAAUGAUGAUUAUUCGGCUGCAAUAAUUCAUAUUUUGGUUUCAGGGAACAAAGUGAAAGACAACUAUCGAUAUAAGUAUGAAAGUGAUGGAAGUGAUGAGAGUGAUGAAAGUGAUUAUUGGGGUUAUGGACGUGAUGACAGUGAUGAUGAGUUUGAGUCUCUCUUUCCUGGAGUAAAAACAUGUGAUAUUCCUGACAAGUUACACACAUUGUGUGCCACCUAUCUAUGUCAGUCUGGCAACAAUUUUAGAUUCACAGAGCCUGUCAUAUAUGACGCCUGUGUGUUUGUUGUUGACAACAUGUUUCCUGGAUCUCUAUGGAAACGCUGCAAAGUUUUAUAUGAAACUGACAACAAACAAUCUCUCACAGACUUACCUGAUAAAACCAUCUUCAUCUCCAGACACAACAAAGACAUUUUUCUGACACAGCUGGUAGAAGACACGAGGAGAGGGAAGUUCAGACACACAUUCUCUCACCCAGUUCUCAGCAGGGAAGACAACAUAGACGGGUUCGUGACACAGCUCGGGGACGGUUUUGUGGAUGUUCUACAUUUACAGGAUACAGCUGAUUCUUCCACUGAUUCAGGGAGCUUCUUGUACUGGGUCCUACAGUCUGGCACUGAUUACCUGUGUCAGAAGGUGUUACAGAAACAGGAACUGUCACAGGUACAUGUCAGUGAAGGACUGGCUUGUUGUAUCAGACUAUAUGACACCAAGUCCUUCCUGUAUCUACGACAGCAGCUGAUUGGACUGCAGAGGGGAGAUAUCACAAUUACACCAGACUAUACAGAUGCUGAUGGAAACUCUCUUCUUAUGAUGUCUGUGGACAGGAAUAAUGCAAAAAUGGUCAACAGCUUACUGAAAGAUGAUGCAGAGUCUCUGAUCAAGAACAAAGUCGGAAAUUCUGCCCUCCAUUCGGCCUGUUUGAGGGGAUAUACAUAUGUUGCCAAGUUACUGCUUCCCCACAUGGAGACCUGGAAGAAUCUGCCAGGACAGGACUUGAGAACACCAGUCAUGAUGGCUGCACUGAAAGGUCAUGGUCGGCUGUAUGAGUAUCUGGCAGAUGAAGGGAAGUGUGACCUGGAUGGUGUUGAUGAUAACGGUGAUACUAUCGCACAUCUGGCAUGUCAGGGCGGUAGUGUCCACAUUGUCGACCAUCUGAUAUCCAGGAAGCAGUUUGACAUCAACCAGAGAGGCCAGUAUGGAAAGACACCUCUGAUGAUUGCAGCAUGCAGCGGCAACAGAGAUGUGAUUGAGUUACUUCUGUCACAGAACUGGCACAUCUCUCCAGAGGGCUUCAGUAUGUCUGAGACACUCUCUUGUGGACAUGUUGGUGACUGCCUCAACAUGUUACUUGGGGAGGCGAGUUAUCUGCUUCACACAGCAGCAGAAACAGGGAACGUGGAGCUGGCAGAGUUCCUCCUGUCAAAGGGCAAGGUUGACAUCGACAUGCGGGAUGCCAUCGGGAGGACUCCAGUGAUGUUAGCAGCAGCUGCAGGACACAGACACAUGUUUGAGUUUCUAACUAAAAAACAGUGUGACUUGUCAUUAAAGGAUAAAAUGACACGUGGAGUUCUCCACUACGCCAGUGAAGGGGGAAACUUGGGUAUUGUACAGGAUGUGGGAUGUAAGGAUGUAAACGAGACAGACAUAUAUAAUCAAACACCUGUGUCGUAUUGUGUAAAGAGAGGACAUAAACACAUUUUUGACACAUUGUUGAACACAGGAGGAGAUCUGUCUGUUGUAGACACUGACAAGAACACACUGCUACAUCUGGCAUCCAAGGGAGGUAACCAGGCUAUAGUGGAGCAUCUCCUGUCAUCAGGGACGUUUGACAUAAAUGCUGUGAACAGAGACAGGAGAACACCCCUGUUGGUGGCAGCAUACAGUGGACACACAGACAUCUGUCAGCACCUGAUUGUUGUCGGAGCUGAUGUACACAGACAGGACAAUUAUGGGAAUGAUGUGAUACUUUUUGCUGCUCAGACAGGGAAUCUCCAGCUGGCUGAGUAUGUUUUGUCUGUGAAGAAACGAGUUCACUUUGUACAGGACAAACAUGGGAAAACAGCAGCAAUGUGGGCAGCAGAGAGAGGGGAUGCUGACAUGUUUACGCUGAUGAGUAAAGGGUGUGAUCUCUCCGUAAAGAAUGUCGAAGAAAACAGCAUCCUUCAUUUCGCUUGCACAGGAGGAAAUGUAGAUAUAGUGAAAUCUGUUGUUUCACAAGACAAAGUCUGCUACAAUGGAAGAAAUACAUUUCAAGAGACACCAGUGUUGAGAGCAGCAUAUUGGGGACACAAGGCAGUGUUUGACCUACUUGUGAGUAAAGGAUGUGCCAUGACAGUGAAGGAUAAGCAUGGUGACAACAUCCUUCAUAAGGCUUGUGAGGGAGGCAAUGUAGAGAUUGUAGAGUACAUUGUCUCUCAUAACAUAGUUGACAUCAACAGUACAGGUUAUGCCAGCAGAACACCAGUGAUGAUGGCAGUGUCGGGGAGACACAAGGCAGUGUUUGACCUACUUGUGAGUAAAGGAUGUGACCUGACAGUGGAGGAUUCGUAUGGUUACAACAUCCUUCAUAGGGCUUGUGAGGGAGGCAAUGUUCAGAUUGUAGAGUACAUUGUCUCUCAUAACAUAGUUGACAUCAAUAGUACAGGUUAUGGUGAGAAAACAUCACUUGAUAUCGCAGAAGAACAAGACGAUGAUGAAAUGUUUGAUAUUCUGAAGCAAUUUGGUGCAGUGCGAGAAGUGUGUCCAUGUUGUCCAUGAAAACCACCUUUGCCCUGACACUUGACAGGCUUGUUCUCACCAAUUUGUCCAAAGGGAUGUCGUCCGGUCCCCAUGCUGACCAUAAUGAAGAAAACCACUUGUGGCCAAUGUUGUCACAAAAAUGAAAUUUGGUAUAUACAUAGUUCUCUUUUUGUGAUAUUUUAAAUUUUGACCAUUAUUUGGCUUUCAGUAUUUCGACCAUGCUCAUUAAUGUUCUCACAAUGUGCUGUAGGCUUUGUAAAAACUGAAACUUAACAUGCUUGGUCCAACAGUGGUGAUACCUUACUUUGCGUAAGAGCAACCACGUCGAGUAUAUUUAUGACCAUUAUUCAGCCAUUUUUGUCCAAAGUAUGAUAUUUUAUGCAACAUAUAUGUAGAUGGUAGUGGGACUGCCAUAUGUGUUGUUUUUUUGCAGUACAAUAUAUUUUGAAAUUUGCACUUUGACUCUGCUCCUAUAUUCUCUCAAAAUGCAUCUCCGAUUCUUUGUGGUGUUACAUGUUAUGUUUUAUGCUAAUUGUUUACCUUGAUUUGCACUUUGAUCAUGGUCUUAUUUUCUCUCGAAAUGCAUGUCCUUGUUCAGAAAACAUCUGAAGCUCAACUAUCUUUUUGUUUUGUUUUGAUGAAAUCAUAUUUUCCGGCAAUCAAUAGAAUUUAGAAUUAGUUUAAAGUCCUCAGUAUUUAUGAAGGAAAUAUUUGAAUGUCAAAGCUAACAGCAACUUGUGUCAUGUGGCCAUCUUUGGUGAGGCAAUAUACACUCUUCAAAAAAAGAAACGCAAAGUAAAAAAAUAAGGUUAUUUAUUAAGCGGAUGUAAAAGUAUCUACACAGAAUAUGCGUAAACACAAUCUAAUGAAAUUAGACACGGUGAUCGACAAAAGCAUUGUCGUCAUUGUCAGCAUAAAUAUAGUUCAGUCAUUGCACAUGUGUAGCCACAAGGGGGCGUCAUGGUCAGUACCUGGUCACACCACCUCUUGCAGCCGUCACUGCUCGACACCUCCUUGGCACAAAUUGCACAAGUCGUCGCAUUCUUUCGUGGGGAAUUCUUCGCAGUUCCUCCUGUAAGGCGUUGGCGAGUUGUGCCAGUGAGUGGGGACGUUGGUGACGUUGACGAACGCGUCGAUCAAGUUUGUCCUACAAAUGUUCAAUCGAGUUCAGAUCAGGCGAUUUAGGCGGCCAUGGAAGGACAUUGAUGUUCUCAUUAACAAGGAAAUUAACUGUUGCACGUGCUGUGUGGGGCCGAGCGUUGUCAUGUUGGAACAGCUCCCUCAGGCGGUCCAAGUUGGGAGGAGGUGAUGCCGCAGCAUUUGGUCUAUGUAUCGAUUUGCUGUAAGAUUGCCCUGGACAACCACUUACUGUGAUCUACCCGUGUAGGAUAUGGCUGCACAGACCAUGACACCCCCUCUACCAAACCAGUCUGACUGUCGAACACAGUUCGACGCAAAACUUUCAUGCCGACGUCGGUAUAUACGUUGUCUCCCAUCCCGUCGUUGAAGAAGAAAACGUGACUCAUCGCUGAACCAAAAGCAUUGCCAGUUCCUGAGAUCCCAUGCCUGCACCACUGGACACCUCGUUGACGAUGUAGACGUUGCAAGACAACUUUUGGUCGUCUCGCUCGAAUUCCCACUUCCCUCAGACGAUUUCUGAUGGUUUGGUCAGAAAUACUUCGCAUACAAGGUCCUGCAGUGUCCGUUGCUGUAGCAAAUCAAUUCAGAAGGUGAUGCAACCGGAUGUACCGAUCCUGAGCAGGGGUGGUCACUCUUGGUCUUCCACUUCUGGGAUGAUCUUGAGUCGAAUAAAUGCCGGUAUAUCGAUGCCAUAGUCGAGAUAUGGUGCUUCGGUGAAGGUUGAAGUGUCUGGCAACUGCUUCUAGACGUCAAAUGGCGAUAUUUCGGUCAACUGCAGUUAAUCUUGUCAUUUUUCGAUCUACGUUCACGUCAAAAAUUUCGUAAUGAACUGAUGAAUUUUGUACGUUUUUUUUAUAGUCAGUGUCUCUACUCUUAUGUCCAAACUUUUGCACGUGCAUUGUGCUGAACACUUUUCUGAAAGCAAUUUCCGUGCAUCCUUUGCAUUUUAGCUGAUAAUCGUUUACAAAAAAACAUCUUGAUAUGUGCACAACAAACAUGAUAUGAUUAACGGGUAUCAAACAUAAGAAUUGUCUUUAUGACGACUCCUGGGAAUAAAUCUAAUUGGAAUUCUCAAAACACCUAUGCGUUUCCUUUUUUGAAGAGUGUAUAUUUGAUUCCCCUGUUGGCAGUUAAUUAAUACACCUGAACAAGUGUGGAGGUGACUGUACAUUUCCACAUAUGACAAAAAGUGUAUAUCCCGUCUUACUUUGUAUAUAUUGUGUUACAUUGUAUAUCUUGUGUCAUAUUGUAUAUCUAGUGUUACAUUGUCUUUCAUGUUACAUUGUGUAUUCAGUGUUACAUUGUAUGUCUUGGGUCAUAUUGUAUAUCUAGUGUUACAUUGUAUAUAUUGUGUCAUAUUGUAUAUCUUGUGUCAUAUUGUAUAUCUAGUGUUACAUUGUAUAUAUUGUGCCAUAUUGCAUAUCUUGUGUCAUAUUGUAUAUCCAGUGUUACAUUGCCUUUCCUGUUACAUUGUGUAUUCAGUGUUACAUUGUAUAUCUAGUGCUACGAUGUAUAUCUAGUGUUACAUUGUAUAUCUUGUGUCAUAUUGUAUUUCUAGUGAUACAUUGUAUAUCUUGUGUCAUAUUGUAUAUCUAGUGUUACAUUGUAUGUCUAGUGUUACAUUGUAUGUCUAUUGUUACAUUGUAUAUAUUGUGUCAUAUUGUAUACCAUGUGUUACAUUGUAUAUAUUGUAUCAUAUUGUAUAUCCUUUCCAAUUGUAUUCUGAACCAAAUUAAAAACUACACAAUUCUAAACUUUUAACAUUUUGACCAGUUAUAAUUGUCGGCCCUUAUUGUGUAUUUAAACAGUAAUCGUCACGUAUUGUAACACCCGUUUUUUGUGCAGGUGAAUCGAUCAAAAUCAUGUGCACAGCACUACUGUGGCAAAAGUGUUUUUUCACGUGCAACUCGUCACGUGGCCAUGAUACCGCAUGUGUUUUCAGCCAUACUUGUUAGCAUUCAUUAACGAAAAAAAGAAAAACACAUGAAAACAAAAGUCUUUACGGCCAUUUUUCAUGCCACGCCUU